ACCUCUUCCCCCUCUCCCCGCUCCGCACGACCGACUCCUCCUACUCCUCCUCCUAGCUGACGCUCCGCUCUAUACACUGCAUCCACCCGCCUACAAUUCGCACCGCCCGCCGAGCGCGAAGCGUUUAGAGGGAUGGCCAUGGAUACCUUCCCGUUCCAGUGGCCCAUGGAUCCGGCCGUGCCCUCCGGCCUCGACGCUGGCCUGCUGCCGCCUCCCUCGCCCGUGGCGCCUGACGACGGCGUGGCGUACUACGCGGCUGCGGAGGCGGACGUGGCCGCUGCCGCUGCCGCUGCUGUGCCCGAGUUCGCCGCGGCCUUCCCGCCAUGCGCGCCUGAUGCCGCCGCUGUGCUGGCCAUGCGGCGGGAGGAGGAGGAGGUCGCUGGCAUCCGCCUGGUUCAUCUUCUGAUGAGCUGCGGGGGCGCCAUCGAGGCUGGCGACAACGCGCUCGCGUCCGCGCAUCUGGCAGACGCGCACGCCGCCCUCGCGGCCAUCUCGGCCGCCUCCGGCAUCGGCCGAGUCGCCGUUCACUUCACCACCGCGCUCUCCCGGAGAUUGUUCCCUUCGCCCGUCGCUCCGCCUACCACCGACGCCGAGCACGCCUUCCUCUACCAUCACUUCUACGAGGCGUGUCCGUACCUCAAGUUCGCGCACUUCACGGCCAACCAGGCCAUCCUCGAGGCUUUCCAUGGAUGCGACCACGUCCAUGUCAUCGACUUCAGCCUCAUGCAGGGUCUUCAGUGGCCCGCCUUGAUCCAGGCCCUCGCCCUCCGACCCGGCGGACCGCCGUUCCUCCGGAUCACCGGCAUUGGCCCGCCCUCUCCUACCGGCCACGACGAGCUCCGGGAUGUCGGGCUCCGUCUCGCCGACCUCGCGCGCUCCGUCCGCGUCCGCUUCUCCUUCCGCGGGGUCGCCGCGAACAGCCUCGACGAGGUCCGCCCGUGGAUGCUCCAGAUUGCGCCAGGUGAGGCCGUCGCGUUCAACUCCGUGCUGCAGCUCCACCGCCUCCUCGGCGACCCGGCCGAUCAGGCUCCAAUCGACGCCGUUCUUGACUGCGUCGCCUCCGUGCGGCCCAAGAUCUUCACGGUCAUCGAGCAAGAGGCCGACCACAACAAGACAGGCUUCCUCGACAGGUUCACCGAGGCGCUGUUCUACUACUCCGCGGUGUUCGACUCGCUGGACGCGGCGAGCGCCAGCGGUGGCGCGGGCAACGCGAUGGCAGAGGCGUACCUCCAGAGGGAGAUCUGCGACAUCGUGUGCGGGGAGGGCGCCGCCCGGAGGGAGCGCCACGAGCCGCUGUCUCGGUGGCGGGACAGGCUCACGCGCGCCGGGCUGAGCGCCGUGCCGCUCGGUUCGAACGCGCUGCGUCAGGCGAGGAUGCUGGUCGGACUGUUCUCUGGCGAGGGACACGGCGUCGAGGAGGCCGACGGGUGCCUCACCCUCGGCUGGCACGGGCGGCCGCUGUUCUCGGCCUCCGCCUGGGAAGCGGCCGGUGACGGCGGCGGCGACAACAACAACAGUAAUAACAGCAACAUUAGCGGUAGCAGCGGCAGCGACAGUAAUAACAGCGGCAGCAGCAAUGGUAAAAGCAGUGGGGCUCGGGGUGGUAGCAGCGUGUGUUUAUCGCGGGAGGGUUGGUUCGAUUAAAGGGACCAACCGUAAAUCGCAAUAUGAAAAUCUCAAUGGCAUGGAACUUUCGAACUUACCAUCUGAAGAAAAUUCUCGGCAUUCUGUGUCACAGCGAUACGGCCAUAUGGGAGUAGACUUGGCAUAUCUUUUUCAGAUGGAAUUUGAAUAUUCCAAUAAAUUAGUAUUAUAACUAGGAGUAUUAUAGUUGGCGUAUCUUUAGUUAAUAGGAGCACAAACAGAUAUGAAAGCAGGCGUCCUCCAACUCUAAUUAAGAUUGCCCCAUACAAAAUCUAAUGACGCCCCACCCUUUGUAGCUAGACCUGAGCGAUGUCAGAAAAGCCAUCAUCUCUUUUGGGCCUAAAAUCCAUCUCCAAGCAUGGCCCAGGCAAGGUUAUCGAGUUUACUAUUUUGUGCUGGGCCAGCCUUGGGCCUCCCAAAGUAUCAGUACAUGGAAAUACAAAACCAAAUGUCGGCAUCUCAUCGAUAAUCUUCACCAAAU